AUGCUUCCAGUCCGCGCCCCCCAAUCCCCUCAACACCAGCGGACCCGCCCUGGCUGGAACUUCGAGAUCUACAGCGACCCCGAGGAAUUUACCUUCCCCGCUGGGUGGCCCAGCAGUGAAGAGAUGAACUCGGAGUAUCGCUCGGCAGAGGACAAUAAAGAGAACCGGCUCUUCUUGGCUGCUGCUACGGAAGCAAGACAGCCACGCCGUCCUCCACGACAACUUGACCAGUCUGCUGUGGCACUAGGACCCCGAGAUGCGUUCGGCUCGCCCUUCUUGACUCGUCAUAGUCAUCAUGAUGAUGAGGCCGGCAACUAA